ACGGCAACAAUAUACAGGAUUCACAGGAAAAAAGCUACAAUCGCCGAUCCUUCGCCAUUAGCAAGCGUUUAUCAAUCAAUUUCACGUUGAAUUCGCCAUCGCUAACCUUCAACAUCUCCGGCAGUGACAUUGCAAUGUUGUGCUCCAUGAAUAGCUGAUGCUGCGGUCUGAUACUCUCCAAACUGAAGGAGAAAUACUGCGGAAAUCUCUUAAAUCUCCUCCAAAUCCCCAUAUUCCUACCUCAACAUACUCGAUCCCUAAUCUGAUUACAAACUCGAUUUUCGGCAUCAGCGUGCGCUCCACGCUCGAGACCAGGAGCAGUGUGGUCUGCGACGUCAAUUUGUUCGGGCCAAUGAUACCUAAUUCGGUUAGCAACUCAAAUACUGGCUUCAAUUGCCAUUGAAUAACGACGGCGCCGUUGCUGCGUUUCUUAUUCGGACCCACAACACAAGUCCUAAAAACCCGUUAAAAGUAGAUUCUCACAAGAGAGGAGCUCACCUCCAUCCGCCACCAAUGGACGGCGGCGCGCCUCAGCCACUCGAAUACUCCGCCGCCUCAACCCUAAUCCCCUUCCCCCGCCCGCUCCCUCUCUUGCGCGGACCAAUCAAAGCCGGUCCACUAGACGAUCCCUCCUCCGGUCCAUACCUCCUCGCCUUCAAAAACCGCCGCGCCUGGGCCGCUGCCUACCGAAACUGCCGGGCUCAAAUUAUCGCGCAAUGCGAAUUGGGGGCGCGGGUCGGGUGCUCCAUUUCCGCUUCUAGCAAAUGCAAACCCCCUUGGUGGAAAGUAAUUUUAGGAGUAUAUUCCAAACAGGAUUUUAGGGAGAGGGAGAAGUGUGAGGAGAUUGAGAUGGAGGCCUGUUUCGCAGCUGCGAAGGAGAGAUGCAGCGGCUUCGCCAAGCAGAGGUGUGAGCCGGCGUUUAGGAAUGCGAGGAUUGGGGCGAGUGGAUUUGAGUCAAGCGUGGUGGAUUGGAAGGAUGUUUCUAGGUUGAUUUCCACGGUUUGUUUUGCGAAUGAAAAGAGUUACGGGGUUGGAUUUUGGGGGGUGGAUAAAUCUUGGGGUGAAUUUAGGCAAAAAUAUGAGGUUACUAGUCUUAGAGGGAAGGAUUUAUUGGGUUCCGAUUAUUUGGAUAUUGAGGAGUAUUUGAGAAAGAUUCUAGUGUGAGUUUUUGUGGCUCUUUUGCACGCUUUUCGGGUUUGGGAGGGGAUGGAGACGAAGAAAUGAAUUGUUUAUGAGAGUUGAGGUUUUCUGAAGCGUGAGGUUUGGUGCAACUCAAAAUGUAAACUUCAAUAUAGAAUGCCCGGUGGAACGAUUAUCGAAUGGAGUUUAUUCCAAUUGAGCGAAAAGACACAAGGAAUUUGGUAUGAGGUAGGGUGUGUAGCUAGUCCAUUACUUAAUUGACUUGGUUGCAUGUGUUUAUGCGUUUUUCUUUCUAAAAUGUGAGAUUGAGAAAGUGAAGUGAUGUGGAAAUUAGUUGUUCGCUCAAAACUUUUGAAUAAUAGCCGCUGGAAAGGGUUCCCAUCCACUCCCAAAAUAAAGGAAUUGGACAAAGACCAAGAUGUUAGGUUUUGUUAAUGACUUUGCUCUAUAGUGGGAAAUGAUGAGUAUAAGUCUGCGUGGAGUCUUUGCAUUUGUUUCCACUUGCUGCUUUCCUUUGUCCAUAGUCGUGUGAUGUAAUUAAGGAGAAUUGAGACUAGGGUUGCUGAAAAAGUAACCUAAUCGAUAGCACUAUUCCUAACAAUCGGUUCGAGGACUGUUCCGUAUUGCAACGAUUGGGAGAGUCUCGUGUCAGACGAUAAAUUAUAAAUAUGUCAGUGGAUAUGGGCCUAGAUGUAUGGGGUAUUGUUCGAUGGAUCUUGACCUAUCACACGAUCCGGUACAAGUCUUUGUGGAAAUGGUUCGAUGGUAAAGGCCUACUUGGGUUGGGUGACAACUAAGUUAGUCACUUGCGUGCUGUAUAUCCUUGACAUAUUCAUGAAAAUAAUGUGAUGGGAAAUUACUGGGAAGUUUCAAAUUAGGACUUUGUUGAUGUUUUUAUUUGAUUACAAUGAUGCUGGAAAUUUCGUUGCAGUUUCCUACAAUUUGUUAAUGCGUACAAUAGGCUCUUGUUGACAUAAAUAUAGCUAAGCAGAUAUUUGAAA